CAAGCGAUCGUCCACCUGUUAGGUUUGCUUCUUAAGCAAAUUUUGUCGAAAAUGGAGAGAAUCCCCACGGAAAUACAUGAGUCGUUUGGCCGGGCCAAAGGAAGGCUAGACGGCGGAAUUUCUCGACUACCUGAAAUUCUCCAUCUACUCACCUCCACACUUUCCUCCGUUCCCCGGGCAUAUAUAUGCAUAGAUGCUCUGGACGAAUUUCCAGCAGAGCAUCGACCGGAGCUUUUAAGUGCCCUGGCGAGAGUAGUUGAUGAUCUACCCAGCGCUCGAUUAUUUAUCACCGGAAGGCCCGAUAUACGGGGUGAGGUGGAGAGGUGUUUCGCCGGAGGUGUAGUUGCGAAACAUAUAGAACUUCCGAGGGGCGAUAUCGAAAGAUAUCUCGGGGUGAGGCUAGCGCAGGAUAAGGAUCCUGAAGCCAUGGAUGAGGAUUUGGAAGUGGAUAUUAUCCAGAAUGUUCUAAAGACUACCUCCGAGAAGUAUGUGCUAAAAACUGAGGUCCCCCUGACAAUAGCUGACUAUAGUGACUAGUUUUCUUCUCGUCUCCUUCAAGGUUGACGCGAUUUUAGCACGGAAAACGAUCGCCAACAGAAGAGAAUCGGUGGGGGAAAUGUCUAAUUGCUGGUGUGCGGGGGAUGUGUACUCUGCAGUAUUGGAUCGGGCCAUGGUGCUGUGCGAGCAGUCAAAAACUAUCGUGAGGGAAGUGCUUUUAUGGGUAUCGCACUCCGAGCGCCCUCUAAAAGUGCAGGAACUGCAUCAUGUCUUACAGAGCGAGUUGGAAACUAGGGGGUUUUACCCUAAGGUGAAUUGCUUGACUAGCUUGGUGUUGGGAUAUUGCCAAGGACUUCUCACGCUCGAUGAGAAGGCGUCAACCCUCCGGUUGAGACAUUUCACUUUACGAAGCUACCUUUGCAAUCACCUUGCCAUGUUUGAUAGGCCACACUCGAAAAUUGCGGGGGUCUGUCUAACCUAUCUGAAUUCGAACUCUGGGUACAGCAAGCGCAAACCUGGAGAUCCCCUGUUGGGCCAAUAUGCUUCAUCGUACUGGGUAACCCAUGCCCGGCGGCAGGCUACUACAUCUGUUCAAUCCCUCGCCCUCAAACUUCUCACCUGUUAUCGAGAGUCAGCUGGAUGCUAUGUAGAUCUGUUGAGAGAGAAGGGAGUCUGGCCGGAGCUCUCCGCCCCAACGAGCUAUGGUACCAAUUUCACUGCCCUGCACUAUGUAGCGGUCCUUGGACUUCAUGAUUUCGCCGGCCGUUGGCUAUGCGGCCAAUUCACGAAAGAGGAACUGAAUGGGACCGACUCCUACGGCAGCACGCCACUCGUCUGGGCUUCAAGAUACGGGAACGAAGGGGUUGUGAAUUUGCUCCUCCAGAUGGGCCCCAUAAAACCGGAUUUAGCGGACACCCUAUUUCGCAGAACACCGCUAUCUUGGGCGGCUGAGAGAGGACACGAGCGCAUCGUUCAAUUACUCCUUGCACAAGACAGUGUAGACCCUAACGCGGAGUGCAAUCGGGGUCGAACCCCGCUCUUUUGGGCCCUUAGAUGUCGGCAGGAGCGUAUAGUCAUGCUCCUUCUGGAAAAUGCGGAGGUAGAUCCGAACAGAGAAGACGGUAUUCGUAAAAUGACACCACUAUACUUGGCCCUCAACAGUGGCCAUAGGGUCAUUACAAAACUUCUUCUCCACAAUAAAAAGGUAAACCCUAACAUACCCGAAGAUUACACACCCCUGCAUUGGGCCGCCAAACACGGGGAUAGGGCCGCCGUAAAACUCCUGCUUGAACGAGGAGAUAUCAAGCCCGACUCGGUCAACAAAUAUUGCCAAACACCGCUCGCACUCGCUGCCCGGUAUGGACAUGAGGCUAUCGUAAAGCUACUCCUAGAAAGGGGUGAUGUCGACCGCAACGCGCUAGACGACAACAGCGCAACACCGCUCAUCAUCGCCGUCGCCCGCAAUCAAAGAGACGUUGCGGAGCAGCUUCUAGGAGCGGGUGGUGUCGACCCAAACCAGAGAGAUGCUAAAGGGAGAACAUCCCUUCAUUGGGGUGCCAGCACUGGAAACGAGCCGAUUGUGAAGCUGUUGCUAAAACAGCAGAACGCCGACCCGAACUCAACAGACAUCUUUGGCCAAACACCGCUUUCUCGCGCGGCGCAGAGCGGCCACGGGGGUGUGGUGAAGAUCCUCCUGGGAGCAAAAGGCAUUAAUCCUUGCCUUCCAGAUAACGGGGGGAGAACGCCACUUGAGUGGGCUCAGCUGCGGAUGUAUAAAAACGUGGUGAGGUUGCUGCAAGAGCAC